AUGGCACCAGCCACCAAAGCGAGUUGUCACGGAUACUUCCCUGUGCCCAACCUUAAUGUACCGCCAAUCGCCGCGGCGCCCGCUUGUACCAUAUGCGCACUGGAAAGCCACAUCGAAGAAAUCAAGGGGAUCCAAGCUGCUCUGGACAGCCGCGGCGGUAUUUUCAAGUCUAAGAUGGCGGAACCGAAGACUGAAAAUGGUGGGAUGUACGCUGACCAUCAAACUUGGAUGAGGAAGUGGCGGGGUGCGAAAAUCAAAUGUUGCCGCUUGGUAGAGGCCUUGGAGAGGUUACGUGAUGAGCAUCCGGAUAUGAUGGAAUAUUGGGGUAUCGAUGAAGCGCUGUAUCUGUGGGAAUUAGCAGCGGACGAGUGCUGCAAGGUCCCAGGAUACAAGUAUGUGGGAGAUGCUCCAGAAGAAGACAUUGCUCUCGAAGACACCAAGGAAGUGGAGUCGACCGCGUCGAUACCGAUCGUGAUCCCAGCACCAAAAGAGGAUAUCUCGCCUGAGGAUGAUAGUGGCUGGGCUAUCGUCACGCACAUAUGGAAGAAAAGAUCGCAAUCAUGGUCGCUUCCGUCGGAGGACGAAGAAGAGAAGCCCGGGACUGAAAACACUAUUCUCAUUGAGCUGGAGGCCAUUGAAAAGAGCCUGGCUCAGCUGGAAGCUAUCAACAAGAUCCUGGCUAGGCCCCAAAGUUUCUCCAAAAAACCCUCUAAGGCGCUCGCUGAGGCAUUCGGUGACGACAGUGAUGACGAUGAUGGCGAAACCCGUUCUACUACCGUCAUCAAGGCGUCUGAGACUUCGAGUGCGACUCCAACAUCUACAUUCACUCCAAAUCAUGAGCAUGCGACCCACAACAUGCCCCAAUCAGAGUCUAAGCGCAUGUCACAUCUCGGUCCUCGUUGCUGCAAGUCAGUAAUCAUCAAUCCGGAAGCAACCCUUAUUCCGUCCGAUGGCGACCAGAUCGUUACCCAGCCCCACAACGAACAUGCGGCUGCCGAGAAGCGUAGGCAUCGUUUGACCUGGAAUCGACGCUCGCGUAGGUACAGCCCAUCAACCUGGGCCAGUCCCGAUGGCUGUGAGAAGUACGAUACAAGCUGCUUCAGGGUGAGCUGGAUGGCCCUUGAGCGUUCGAUGAACAGGGCACAGAACAAGACAGAAGACGACGUGAAGGACAACAUGGCAUUGACGGAGGAAGCCAUGGGGCUGCGUGAACGUGAGAAGAUAAUUAAAGAAGCCCAGGAGGCAUACUUUUCUGGCCAUGGUCAUGCACGAGUCUCAAUGUUGCACGUUUGUUGGUCUGCACAGGAGAAGAAAAAGAGGUCCAUAAAGAAGGUGGGAAAGUCAACAGAAGAAGAUAGUGAGCAGAACAUCGUCGGCGAGACUUGUGGAUCUGGGGAUUCAGCAGAAAGUGGCGUAUAUCGGGAAUGA